AUGUUGAAAUGGUCUAUUGACCAGAUUUCUGGCAUUUCAACGAUUGCUAAACGAUUUAAGAAGGCACAGGAUCCCGAUCUAAGGGGAUUACAAGAGCGGCUGGAAUCGCUCGCUGAAGCCUAUAAGUACAGUCGUGAGAGGGAUACGCUGAUUGGUAGUCAUAUCGAGAAGUGUUACGAGGAAGUCAAGGAGUUCACCGAUUUUUUUGUAAAUAGUGCCAAUACUGUAGCAAACUCGCUGGAGACAAUCCAGAAUGUGUGUGCAGACAGUGAAAAGAUCCCUCUCGUUCGUGCUCAUCUGGAAUUCUUGUAUAUGGAGUACAGCAAUUGGGUAAAGUCGAAAAUCGACAUGGAGGCCUCGGAGCUUCUCGAGGAUGCGCUGAAAGAGAAGCGGCAAGCGAUUUCCAGCUUGCAGGACCGCAUAUCGCUGUGCGAUGCGUCCUCUAGUGACUUCCACGCGAUGAAAACGGAGUUGAAUCGCAUGAAAACGCACGGAUCGGUCGAUCCUCACUUCCUUGAAACCUUCGAAAAACAAAAGAUUGUAGUCGAACAAAUCACGCUCCAGCUCCAAUCCGACGUUCACUUCCUCAUCGAAAAAGAAACAUCCUUCCUUGAACAUAGCAUGGACAUCAUCAUGGGCAUGAUGCAGCGCUCUGUAGCUCACAACUCCGCUCUUUUAGCGCAAAAGCCUCCUUCCUAUCUUCUUCUCCCUCCUUCUGCGCCCUUUGUCGCGGGGAAGGAGGAUUCGGAGAUCGAGUUCUCCGUUUCUCCGGGCGGCAAACACAUUCUCCCGCUCUCCAUGAAAAAAGGGCGGGAAAUCAUCUGGGCGAUCGAUGUGCGCGAUGGCGAGAUUGGGCUUCGCGUGUUGUUCCGCGAUCCGAAUGGCGAUGAAACGGUCGUGCAGCCGAUGCAUCGGAUCGGGAAACCGCGGGGAAAGCUGGUUCGGUAG